CCCAAAGCUUGAACAGAUCAGUCGCGCAAAUUAUAAUGCCCAAUCUCACCAAGCGAAAGCGCAGUAGGUGUUUCGUCGGAAGCACUAAAGGAUCCAUACAAUAUAUAUGCUCACAUUGUGGCUAGCUAACCUUCCAGUUUUUUAUAUCGAUUGCUUUUCGAUGAUGGAUUUGGAAGGCCAACCCCUCGAAGUGGAACGGCUUUUUGCACCGGAAGGUCGUGCUUUAAUCUCUGGGUCCCAGACGCCUUUUUGCGGGGAUGUAAGCAAUGAGGCUGAACAGUAUCCGCAAGAUAGGAAUGAAAAUAGCCGGGAGGAUGUGGAGCGCAUCCUUGUCAAUGAUGCCCAGAUUCAACCGUAUGACAUUGGAACAGACCGCCUGUUCUGGUUAGAGUGCGAAGACAGGUGGCUCAUAUUGCUAAAUCCUGUUGCGGAGCAAGAAUCCCUUCACGGGAAUUUCUUGCUGAUGCAUCGCCUGAUUCAGGUGAUGGUUAAUGCAGCUUUUAUGGACCCCUGCUUGGAAUUUCAUCAUUUACCGGAUGUGAUUCUACGCAGCCAGGACUGGCAUAUCAUGCCACCCCUGGAGUCGUGCGAAGAGAAUCUCACUCUCACCGCACAGAUCAUACCGAACCAUCUUGCGGCAUAUCUCCACACGCUUAUCCCUUCUGCAAAGAAACAUCUUGAGGGGUGUCCUCUCAUCAAGUAUUACACAGCUCUGUGCGAUGAAGGUGUGCCACCUCACAGGGGAAAUCUACACACUCCACACCAGCUGUGCAGAUCACUCAAGGCUUGUGCCCCUAGAGUUCUUAGAGUGGUUGCAAAGGGGUUUCCCUAUGAAUUGUGGAAUCAACUUGCUUGCCAACGGGAAAAACCUGUCAGUGAGGCUGUAGAUCAGAAUAUUAUGCUUCAAGAUUGGCUCCAGGAGGUGGAAAGUUCAGUUAGUGAUGUUGCAGGUUCCUAUCAGUCUGGGGAUUAUAUAUUACUCAAACCUGAUGGAAACUUCCCACCAACCAGCUUGGAGUCCCAAAAUCCCUAUGCAAGGCUCUGGUUUGGCAAGAUCAUUAGCAUCAAUCUAUCCAGCUUGAUGUGCCAUGUUCAAUGGUUCUGUCACUCUUCCACUGUCCCGAUUGGGGAGUUGGGGCACACUCAAGAGCUUUUUGAGACACUUCAAUGUGAUAACAAGCCAUUAAGCCUCAUUCGUGGGAGGAUUUCAUUGAAAUUUGUUCCACCUGGUGAGGACCCACCAGAUUUAGCCAACCCUGAUUAUUUCUGCAGGUUUGUAUGGGACAACACCCAGGGGUGUUUUUUUGAUCAUUAUCCCUGGCCUGGUUUGGGUCAUUCCUUGGAUGAUUCUCUUGGUUGUCUGGCCUGUGAGGCAGAGAGACAAAGGGUGUAUCUGAAAGAUACAUAUCACGUCCCUUCCAAUCAUCUCUUCUCUGCAGAGGAGAUUUUGGGUGCAAUCCCUGAGCUAAGGGAUUUAGGCUACAGCCUAGGUGUUCUUGACCUCUUUUCUGGGGCUGGUGGCUUCUCCUCUGGAUUCCAACAGACUGGUAUUCUGGAUGUGAAAGCUGCUAUUGAAAACUCAGAGCUGACUGCAGGCACAUUUAGUCUCAAUUAUCCCUCUGCCUGGAUGUUCUGUGCUGACACUGAGGAGGUUUUGCGAGAUUUUUUUCAACACAAUGCAGACCUUAGGUUUCCUCACACUGGCAUUGGCCAUUCCCUCCAUCAAGCAAAUAUACCGGUGCUCUGUGCUGGUUUCCCAUGUCAACCAUUUUCAUUUGCAAAUCGGAACAAGAAGAUCCUUGACCCUCGGUCAAUUCUUGUUGCCAAUGUUUUGUCUUGGGUUGAAGCACUCAGACCCUCUUAUGUGGUAUUGGAAAAUGUGCUGGGGGUAAUUCAUCAUCAAUUCCCAGAAGGGGAGAAGCACAUCAUUGUUAAAUUCCUUUCUUGUGCUCUUGUGGAACUGGGGUAUCAGAUGCGGAUGGGGAUCCUCCAGUCUGCUGCAUUUGGUGUACCCCAGACUCGUGAAAGGUUCAUUGUGAUUGCAGCUCAAUCUGGCUUGACUCUUCCAAAUUUGCCUGCACCCACUCACCAGUUCACUUGUCGAGCAACAACAUUAAACAUUGGCCAUUUGAAAUUGGUAACAUCCAAGAAUGAUGUAAUGCAUGCCCAGUACCCCCCAGUUUCACUGAAAUCUGUGUUGGAGGAUGCAUUGGAAACAAAGUAUUAUGGCAACUGGCCAGAGCUGGCUGAAACAAUACGAACUCGUCCACAGCAUCAUCCUGUGGAGGAUCGCUUCUGGGAUAUAAUGGAGGAGAAGAUCAUUCAAGGAUUUUCAAAAGACUAUGAAAUGGGAACAAAUUUGAUCUCAGAGCAGCGAAAAAUGAUUGGAAAUGCAGUGCCACCUCCUCUGGCCAAAGCCAUUGGUUUUGAGAUUAUUAAGGCCCACUUGGUAGAUCUAAGGAGGCAGGCUGAAGCUCAGACAUAUCCAAUUUGGAUGGAAGAUUAUGUAAGGCAGCAUUCCAGACUGGGUUAACAUAAUUAGGAAAUUCUAUCUGUGUUUGAGUUUUUCACAUUAUGAUAGAUUGCAUGCUGAUGGC